CUUCUGUAGGGUUUUGGAAACGCCCUUUUGUGGCCCUUUCUUCUGAGAUCUCCCUCUCUCUCUCUCUUUCUUUCUCUCUCUGACCCUAAAACAGACACAUCCCAUGGUAAUGGCGUCCGCGACAUUGAGAAACGCAAGCCUUCGCUACAUUUGUCGUUCUCUCACUUCUCACGCUCUUGGCCGGCUCGCGCCACCGAGGCCAUACCUUCGCCUCCUUCACGGAGCUCCGGAGACUCUGCACCGUGGAUCUCUUCCUCUUUGUCCAUCGGAAUUUCAGCUGUAUCACCGAUCGCAGUGUUUCGCUGUGUGCCCUAGAUAUUUUUGUAGUUCUACUGGUUCCACCACUGUUAUUCAAUCGAAUUCUGCGACCAGUGGAUCUUCUGAAGGUAGCUCUGGACAAGGUGAGGAGAAGCCUGGUCAAUCGCAACGCACUGCUGAACAAGGAAAACCUGUUCGCGGCGGGAUCUUAUUGCUCGUUGAUUUGAUUGCAUAUUCUUGUAUAUUGGUGAGAGGCAAACCUAGCAGUAUAAGCCGGAUGUCUACUGGAUCUCCCACGCAUUGGGAUCGUUUGUCAGUGAUAUUCACUCAUAAACCUGUCUCAUGGUUGAGCUUUCUUUUGCUUGUUGCUACUGGAGCAGGGCUGAUCUUCUACUAUGACAGAGAGAAGAAACGGCAUAUUGAAGAAAUCAACAAUGCCUCAAAUGCUGUAAAACAGGGACCCUCUGUGGGGAAAGCAGCUAUUGGGGGUCCGUUUAGUCUCGUCAACCAUAAUGGAAAAGCAGUAACUGAUAGAGAUUUUUUAGGAAAAUGGACAGUGAUAUAUUUUGGUUUCACGCACUGCCCAGAUAUCUGUCCAGAUGAGCUACAAAAGCUUGCUGCUGCUGUUGAUAAAAUAAAGGAAAAAGCAGGGAUUGAAAUUGUACCAGUAUUCAUUUCAGUUGAUCCUGAAAGAGACACUGUUGAGCAAGUUCAUGAAUAUGUUGAAGAAUUCCACCCGAGUUUAGUUGGACUAACUGGUAAUCCGGACGAGAUAAAGAAAGCUGCCCGUGCAUUUCGAGUCUACUACAUGAAGACGGAAGAGGAAGGCUCAGACUAUCUCGUCGAUCACUCAAUAGUCAUGUACCUGAUGGAUCCCAGCAUGGAAUUUGUCAAGUUCUUUGGGAAGAACAAUGACGUUGAUCAGCUAGCCGAUGGCAUAAUUAAAGAAGUAAAGCAGCAUAAGAAAACAAAAGCAUGAUUUUGCGUGCCUAUCUUUAAUGCCUGGGAACUAUUUUUCUUGCUGUCAUUUCUAUUUCGGUAGCUGCUUA